ACUUUCCCUCGACGGUCGCAGCAGGAAGACCCUUUACCGGUUGAUUUUGUUGUGGAUGACACCUUUCCUCGUCCUUCAGCAGUAAAAUGUACUACAAGUUCAGCGGGUUUACCCAAAAACUGACGGGGUCUGCUCCUACGCCCGCCUACAGCCCUCAGGGGCUGAGACCAGGUGUGCCAGCAGAGUCCCCAGCUAUGGUCUUUGCCACACCCACCAAGAUGGUGUCAGAGGCCGGGGCCACGGUGGAGUACAUGGGAGCAAACAGGGUUCCUGACCUCCAGAGGAUAUUCCAGACAUCAGACGGUAUCCCCAUUCAUUUGAAGCGCGGCGUUCCCGACAGGCUACUGUACCGCACCACCAUGGCUCUCACUGUAGGAGGCGCGCUCUACUGUCUGGUGGCUCUUUACAUCGCAGCCCAGCCCAGCAAUAAGUGACAGACACAAACCCAGGAUCUUUCUGUAACACCUCUGACAUGUCGCUGCUGCAAUACAUCAACCCAACAUUCCCAGACUCCAUCUGCCCUCGCCUCACCACCUUUUGGGACUCUUAGAUGAGAAUGAAUCGCUGCCAGAACAUCACACCAAUAACAAUAAUAAUGUCUGUCUUCUUUGUAAAAAAGAUGUGAAUUAAUAAAUUUUAAGGAGAAAAGGUAAAGGAA